AAGCUAAUAGACUAUAUAUAAAUAUCACAUGAUUUGAGCACAGUCCCAAAUCAGACCUACAGCCAUCUAUCUACGCUAGAGCUAGAAAUCAACCUAGGGUGUUAAGCAUGUUAUCACUCCUAAUACUGCUGCUGAAUCUUACCAAUCAUGCUUUUGGACAAAAUCCUGCAAUAAAGGCCAUAUUGACAAAUAAAGGACUUCAAUAUGGGUCACACAUUGGGGCUGAUUGGAUGCAGGAGAAGAUAGGGAGUGUGAUCAUACCAGAUGUCAGAGGUGGUGUUGACAUUGGUAUAGGAACGGUGCACUACGUCCUUGACGGAAUCUCAGUGUCUGGGUGUGAUUUUCCAGAGCCUUCAGUGGAGUUCUAUGAGGGCGUGGGACUCAAGGCUGUGAUCAGUGGCCUCAGCAUUUCAAUGAGUGGAAAUUGGCACACACGUUUUGGCAUCAUAACCGAUGGUGGCUCAUUUGAUCUGGCAGUGUUCAAUGUGGACGUGACCUCUGUGGUGCAGAUAGGAAGUGAUUGGAGUGGACACAUUUCUAUCUCUAGUGAAAACUGUGAUGUCAGGGUCGGCGACGCAUCAAUCAAUUUCCAUGGAGGAGCCAGUUUGAUCUUCCAGCCAUUUGUGAGCCUUUUCCACAAUCGCAUUAAAGCUAUAAUUGAGGAAAGAAUCUGCCCAGUGGUUGAAGAGCGUGUUACAGAUUUGGAGCAACAUCUAGCAGAAAUGCAAGUGUCCUUCAAGGUCAAUUCUGCUCUCGUUUUGGACGUCCCCCUCACUAACUCACCCCUCGUUGAUUCUAUUAGCCUUGGUCUGGAUUUGAAGGGUGAGUUCUACAGUGUUCAGAGUCACACCGAUCCUCCUUUUAAGGCCGAGCCUUUUAAUCUGCCAGAGGACAAAGGCCACAUGCUCUCCCUGGGCCUGUCUGAAUUCACUGUCAACUCUGCCUCCUAUGCUUACUUCUCCGCUGGACUCCUGCAGGCCCAAAUAAAUGACAGCAUGAUCCCCAAGACCUCUCCUUUCCGUCUCAACACAACCUCCUUCGGGCCUCUCAUCCCUCAGCUUCCCAAGCUCUUCCCCAACAUGCUGAUGGAACUGCAGGUGUAUGCCAGGGACGUUCCAAUGUUUUCCUUCCAGGCUGAUAAGGUGACACUGGAAUUUCCAGGUGCUGUUAAGGCCUUUGCCAUCCAGCCAAAUGCUUCACGGACUCCACUGUUCAAGCUCAAUGUUGACUCCAUUUUUAGUGGGAUGAUACGCAUUUCAGAAGAGAAACUCAAAGGCUUGAUAGAACUAAGCAAUUUUACCCUGACACUUGCAUCAAGUGAAGUGGGAACAUUCCAGACUGCAGCCCUGGAAAAGUUUAUGAAGCUGGGGAUGAAGAUUUCAGUGUUAGCUAAACUGAACGCCAAACUGGAGGAGGGCAUUGUUUUACCCACCAUGCACCACAUCCAUCUGGUUAACCCUGCGCUGAAGAUCCAGCAGGGAUUUGUGUCCAUUGCAUCAGACCUUGAUGUUAAAUCUGGCGAGAGAGAGCAUUUCUGAAGGGAUUUACCCUUACCGACUCUAGGUGGUGCCUGCUAAUAUCAUUCAUUAUUAUCCCAGAAAAAAAUUAUGCAUUACUAAUUUCUUAAUGUAGAACUGCAAGUAGCUACACAGUAACUAAUGACUGGAUACAUUUUGCACCUGAAACACCAGCCGAUUCUUAUAGAUUUUAAAACCUAUUAUUCAAGAGACAAUUUUCAGCUUUACCUAGUUUUCAGUUAAUCAAUUAUCACAUGAAAUGUACUGCUUCUACGGAAAUUACAUUUGAGCAUUGCCCCAUUUUGGAAAUGGAUAACUCACUGAUUAAAGAGAGGAACAAGACAACUUGUACUGUAACGCUGCUAAAAACAACUGAUUGCAGCUCACAAUAAACCUGAUUGCAACUCUGGACAAUAAAGCUGUGUGAUGCAAUACAAUGAAACACCACAUUAAUACACCGAUAAAUUAAGGUUUUACUAAAAGUGUAUUUCUGUUUUCUUGAAGUGUUCGCUAUGGCAAGGUUUAACAAGGCUACAGUAAACAGGUAGUCCCCCAAGCAGUGCUUAAUUUGAGCCGGAACAGGAUCCGGCACCACAGAUUUGACUUAUUUCGUUCAGGUGUGGUGUCAAAAAGAUCCCCCCUGCCAGACCCCCCCCCCCCCCCCCCCCCCCCCACAUGAACGCGCACACACGCAAUUCUUCAUUGUUGCGACUUGCUUGAUAAUUGAGAUUUCUGAUCACGUUAGGCUCCGUUUCAUUUUAUUUUUGAUGUAAUUUUGAUCGCGGGGGAGGCACGAGUAUUGUCUGCAGUUUUCGGUUUGGCUAUUUGUUUCAAGUGUAUUAGUCUAUAAAUAAAUCUCUUUGCCAAAAUG